AUGGCACAUGGGCCCCCCAAGGUACAUGGGCCCCUGGACCGGCCUAGGCUGCCGCUACAAUUGGUGACCUCCGGACCUAAGUUACGAGGUAAACCUCGGGUAUUUGCUGCUGUCGCUGCUGGCCAUGCUUCGUCCGUCCCGUCGCGGCCCAAGCUACCGCCCCCGGAGGAUCCACCGGCCCGCAGCAGGUCGCGCUCCGCCUCCGGCCUCUCCAACGUGAUCCGAGGCUCUCCCGCCGCCGGCAAGUUCGAGCCCUCGCCCGCGCCACCUUGCCUCGGCCCAUCCGAAGACUCGCCAGCAGCCCAGCCCCCUCCACGCAGGUGUCGCCCUACUCGCCGUGGUACCUCGCCACUCCCUGCCCAGCCCCAGCCAGCCAUUCCAACGCCGCCCCUAUGCUGUCUCACCUUCGCCGCGGUACCUCGCCCCGCCCGCUUCUACGAGUGA